GUAUCACACUAUCUCUUGCUUUAAGCGAGUUAACAACCAUUUCAGAAAACCUAACCUAACCUAAAAAAAAAUGUUCAAACUGUUCAUCUUCGCCUGCUUCCUGGCCUUCGCCGCCGCCAAGCCCGGCAUUGUAGCCCCCGUGGCGUACACCGCGGCGUACACCGCGCCCGUUGCCGCUGCGUACACCGCGCCCGUCGCCGCCGCGUACACCGCGCCUGUCGCCUACUCCGCCUACUCUGCCUACCCCGCCUACUCAGCCUACACUUACGCUUCUCCCUACGCUGCCUACUACCUGCGCCGCUGAACAUCUCCUCCAUCACCUUAACCUGAAUAUCUCCUGAAUGAAAACAAAUAAUAAUGCAAAUCUACACUACUGAUUUCGACCCAAUGAAUAAGAAUACUAAUAGAAAUACGACAAUGAACAAAAUAAAAGACAUUCGUUAAAGUUUUAAAA